AUGUCAUCUGAAGCUAAUCACGCUGCCUCGAAAGCAAGUCUGAUUCACAAUACCAGGUAUCCCAUUACAAAUUACUUGACUCUUUCUCAUUUCUCACCUAAACAUCGAGCUUUUUUAGCUAACCUUACAACACAAACUGAACCUAAAUCUUAUGAAGAAGCUGCACUUCACCCUCAUUGGCAAAAAGCUAUGGAUAUAGAAUUACAAGCUUUGGAACGUAACCAUACAUGGAGCAUUGUUUCUCUUCCUACAGGACAAAAGCCUAUCGGUUGCCGGUGGGUUUAUAAAAUAAAGUACCAUUCUGAUGGAUCGGUCGAACGUUAUAAAGCUCGUCUUGUUGCCAAAGGUUACACGCAAGUUGAAGGAAUUGAUUACCAUGAAACAUUCUCACCAACGGCAAAGUUAACUACACUUCGAUGUCUUCUGUCUAUUGCUUCUGCCGGGGGCUAG